AUGUCUGCAAUUGUCGUCGAACAGUACAUUAUUCUGGGGACUUUCACCGCUUUACUUUAUGACUCUGUCAUUACUAAAGACAAUGAGUCCAAUCCAUGGAACGUCAACAGCGCGGUAUUCUUUGUUCUUCGUUACGUCGGACUUCUAGGUGGUCUUGCUUUUGUUAUCUAUACUGAUUUUGGAAGUUCUGUCAGGAUAUGUGGGUUUGUGGAUUAUCUUGCACCUGUUUAUUCACCAAUUCAAAUUAAGGUGAAAUUACCUAUUGGAUACGUACACUCAGUAAUAUUAUACUUAUACGAGUCCUGGCUCUCUAUCAAGCUAUACAGCCCGUUAAACAUAGCUUUUCAGCGUGUAAUGUUCAAAGCGAUGUCCCUCUACAAAUAG